GCUUUGAAUCGAGCUGCAGUAGCAGGGGAAUUGACUUUCCACCCUCAGUGUAAGAGAGUGGGGUUAACCCACUUGUGCUUUACAGAUGAUCUCCUUAUAUUCACAGAGGGGUCAGGCCAGGCUAUUCAGAGGGUUCAGGGCAUAUUGCAGGAGUUCCACACUAUCUCUGGGCUAAAGUGUAAUCCAUGAAAAUGUGAGGUGUAUUUUGGUGGGAAGUCUAUGCAGUUUAAACAAAAAGCUUUGCAGCUUUCAGGUUUUGCAAAAGAGAUUUUACCUGUUAGGUAUCUUGGCAUGCCCCUAAUCUCAGGGAAGCUACCAUCUAACGAGACUGAUAAGCUGGUGGCCCUUAUCAUGAAGAAGAUCCAUUCCUGGAGAUCAAAGAAACUUAGCUAUGCUGGAAGGCUGCAGCUAGUAACAUCGGUUUUGAUGGGGACUCUUCAAUAUUGGAUGCAGAUCUUCAUUCUGCCCAAAAGAGUGAUUAAGCAGGUUCAAUUAGUUUGCUCCCAUUUUCUCUAGCAAGGGGGGGGGGGGGGGGGGGGGGGGGGGGGAAGAAGGGCGUGCUAAAGUGAGUUGGGAGCAUAUGGCUAGGCCUCGCAAGGAAGGGGGUUUGGGUUUACGUGAGCUUACUGCCUGGUACAAAGCCUGUACUAUUCGGUUCAUCUGGUUAUUCUUGAUGAAAAGUGGAGCCAUUUGGGUGGCUUGGUUCCAGCAGUAUAAGGUCAAGAACAGAAGCAUAUGGACUGUACCUGCCAGUCAGAGCAGUUCCUGGGCUUGGAGGCGUAUCCUCAAGCUACGCCCUGUGGUCCAACCUCAUCUAUUGAUGAGGAACAAUCAAAUUCUUUGGGACAACAACCCUAUGCCUGCGUUUAAAGUCUCUGUGGUUUGGAAUACCUUGCGUAUUAAAUAUGAGGUGGUGGAUUGGGCAAAGCUUAUUUGGGGGAAGAAUCAUAUUCCCAAAAAUAGUUUUUUGGCCUGGAUGAUCAUGAUGAAUGGCAUUGUUACUAAACAAAAACUGAUGCAAUGGGGUAAGCAGACUAAUGGUUUAUGCAUGUUUUGUGGUGAUGAAGUGGAAACCCGAGAGCACUUGUUCUUUAAAUGUAUUUACUCUAGCCAAGUUGUUUCAACACUGCAUAUGGGAGUAUUUUGUUGUGGCUCUUGGGAAGCUACUGUUGCUGCAGGUAUUACUAGUUGCAGCAAGGCAAAGUUGGGAAGAGUGACCAGUCUGAUCUGGUUCUUAUGCAGCGCUGGAGUAUGGAAAGAAAGGUGCAUGCGUGUUUAUGGUGCUAUAAGUAAACCUGUUAAGGAAUUAGUUCGUGAGGUUACUGCCGAACUGCAAAUUGUUUGUAGAGAUAAUGAUGAUUUGUUAGAAGGAUUGAGGGUACUAGGACUGAUGGAGAGUACUUAGGGGAUUGGUAGCAUUUGUGUUACGGGUUGUUUUGUGGAGGAAAUGUUUGGGGUAGAGGAUCUUUCUUUUCCAGGGCUGCUCAUUCCGAGCUUUCCUUUCGUUGUAUUGGUUGGCUAUUUGUGCUUUGCAAGUGGUCUCUUUUUGGAGCAAUAAAAGAGUAACUGAUUCAACGAAAAAAAAAGAUUGAUUAAUAUUAAAAUAAGAGAAUACCAUAUGGUAUGAACAACAUACCAUAGUGGUAUGAACAUAAUAAGACUGUAGGAUGGUUGAAUACAUGAUAGUAAAAGUAUACUAACUGUCAGUUACGACUUUCAAUAUUGUGUACCACAAGAUACCACCCCAUACCAGGGUGGUAUUGUGUAGUAUUUUUUGAUCCUCUAUUUUCUUCACUCAGAAAUUUUUAAUUCUAAUAAAUCAUGAUGAACUCGUUCCUUCUGUGCAAUUUUUUUCAAAAAUGACUUAAAAAUGAAGGAGAUACCAUAUGGUAUGGAGUUGGUAACGAGAGGUUUGAAUUUUUUUCUAAAAAGAUAUUGAAAAUUGGUUCUCAUUUUGUUGAGCUCAACAAACUCGUUUCAUCAGUGCAAAAAAAUUUGAAAUCCAAAUUAGAACGAAUAAGAUAAGAGUCAAUUAAGAAAACUAGUAAAAAUAAAAUAUCUUUAAUUCUCAGUCUUUAGAUUUGAAUUUUUCGAACCCACUAAAAAAGGAAAGUCCAAAUUAGUUAUGCUAAGGUGCAUAACCAAGGGUUGAGCCAACUUGAGCCCACUAACUUGAGCCAUGAAUUCUGUGAGGAACAAAAUGGAUAAUAACAUUUAUUAUAAUUUGGGACUAGGAAUGGCAAAGGACAACUUUGUAUGGUUAUCUUGAUACCCAUAUUCGUUCCGUGACAGGUUGGGUCCAGGUCGGAUAAUUUAUGAUAGGGUGCAAGUCGGGGCAGAUCGACUCAAUGAGUAUGUAAUUUAUACGGAAAACAUUAGAAAUAUUGGUUGUUUUCCUUAGAAGACCAAGAAAUAAACCAUAAUAUGAUAAACGUAGUUAAAUAAU